UGAUCAAAUGCCAUGUAGGAAAAAGAUAUUAAUUUUAUAGAAAAAAGUACAUAUAUCUUGAAUUAUCUUUAUUCCAUUUUUGUACAUUGAAUUUUUAUGACAUACUUAUUGUAUUUCAAAGAUAAAAGUUUCAAUAUUUUAUACAAAUUAUCAAAUUCACAAUGUUACAAUAAUUGUAACCUGUACAUUUAAUGAUUUUAAAGAGUUUAAAACUUUUUUGUAUUUUAAACUAUAAACAUAAUGGUAGAGGAAGUAGUAAAUUCUACUAAUAAACCAAAGAAUAAAACUACACGACCUCGUCCAGUUUAUUUGUGGAAUGUAUUAGAUGUACAAAAAUGGUUAAGGAGACAUUGUAGUGAUUAUUAUCAAUUAUACCAUGAAAAGUUUUUAUAUCAUGAUAUCACAGGAAGAGUGUUGCUAAGAAUAAAUGAAAAUAUUUUAUUGAGGCUUGGAAUUGACAAUGAACAACACAGAAUGGAUAUUUGGCGGGAGAUUAUGAAACUACGUCUUAAGACAGAUAUGUUAGAAAUUAAAGACAUAGAACGACGUAAUAACAUGAAUUUUGAUUAGUACAAAAACUAAUUGGACUAAUCAUAGCUAAUAAUCAAAAUGAGAAAGCUUUAUUUUUUAUAUUCACUUAUCAAAUCAUCUUUGAUGAUCUUUACAACUAGUAUUAUAUUAUUUUAAUCAACU